AUGAAGUCGCUCCAGUGCAGCUACCCCUCGCCUUCGGACCGCCGCAAACGCCCCCCGCCCGCCCGGCAUGCCGACCGCGGAGCCAAGAGCGGAACGGCCGGUCCGCAGCCCUCAAAGCCGCAGCAGCAGCAGGAGCAAGCCCAAAGUUCCAAUGACCGCCGAGACAGCGCCAUGGGCGACGCUUUUGCCCUUGACACCGCCUCAGACAUGUCGUUCGGAAAUGAAGCUACCGUCGACGAGCUGUUCGACAGCCAUGAGUUUGACCCGAAGCUUCACCUCGACGCGGCGCCAAGCAUGCCCACGCCUUCCAUAGACGAUCUGCUCCAAUUGACAACCAGCCCGGGUCGCCAGGGCGACGGCAAUGGGCACGACGACGAAGACAUGCACCUGUUCGACCUCACCGGCCAAUCCCUGCUCUCUCCAGUAAGCUUUGACUUACACAACCUGAACGCGCCCGCCACCAGACAAUCCGCCAAUCAGCCCACCGCCUCCACAACCUCUCGCAUUGCUGACUCCCCCAAAUCCACCUGCAGCUGCGUUUCACGCAGCCUCCUCGUGCUGGAGGAAGUCGAGAUUCAAAAACUCCGUGCCGAAGCAGCUAUAUCAGACUCGAUUUUGGCGUGCCACAAGAAGGCGCUGAGCCAGUGCGAGCAGCUCAUCGCCUGUGUGCGUUGCAGUGCUGCGUCCUCGUCCAUGGUCGUACUUGCCCUUCUCUGUGACGGGCUCCUUAAUUCUUUUUACCGCGUCGUAUCUGCCUCGAAGCAGCAGCAGCAGCAGCAUCAACAACAAGGUUACCGCCACCGCGAAACAGGCGGCCCCUUGCAUACCGAGCGUGAUGAAUCGAGCCCUAGGCUCUUCCUUGGCGACUACGAGAUCGAGUCCCACCAGGAGUGGAAGCAGCUCGUGAGCAGUCUGAUGGGGAUCCAGCUGAAGCGGCUUCAGGCCGUCAUGGGCCGGUUCAGAGUUCUUGCCGAGUGCGCGGGUUGGGAGACGAAGCUGGCGUGGCUGAGAGCGCAGGAGAAACGCCUCCAUGAGACCAUUUCGCAUUUUCGCACCAUUGCAAAUGAUUUCGCACUUUGA